GAAAAACCGAAACUACAUACGGUCAUGAAGGAUCUGUUCAACUGGCUAAGCCUGGCGCUGAUCCUCCUGCUGGGCAGUGCCAUAGCCUUUCCGGAUGGAGCGCCAGCGGACACGUGCGUGAAACAGCGGGCCAAUCAGCCGAAUCACGGCAAGGCCAGGAGUCAGCCGGCCCACUUGAAUCCCUACGAGGUGGUGGCCGACGCCCAGACCUACCAUCCCGGCCAGCAGAUAUCGGUGGUGAUUUACCCACACUCCGACCAGAGCACCGUCUUCCGGGGAUUCUUCCUGCAGGCGCGGGACUCGCACUCGAACGAGUGGAUCGGGGAGUGGGUGCAGAGCGAGAACACCAAGACCAUUCCCGAGUGCUCGGCCAUCACGCACUCGGACAACCGGGAUAAACUCGGAGCCAAGCUCAUCUGGAAGGCCCCGCAGAACAAGCGGGGGCGGGUCUACUUCACGGGCACUGUGCUACAGGAGUACGGAACCUUUUGGAGCGACAUCGUGAACAAAGUGCAGGCGGAGCCGCAAUAACUGAAAUUGUGUACUUAUUCAUAAGACAGCUGUAGCCAGCAACGCCGGGCAAUAAAUCUUAAAAACCCUAAUUAGUCAAAACGAAAUUGUUGUUUGAAGAUUUUUCACAUACCAUUCCCCGACGGCUCGGAGCCAAAGGCGCCCCAUUGAGCCGUGCAAUCAACAUUACAGGGCGAAAUUAUUGACUUUCUGGCUUAACGUUUAUGAAUGACCAGCCCACGUCUCCGCAUCCGAGCAAGCGA